GAAAGAAAGGAAAUCCUGGAAAGCUGCUGAUUGAAGACUCCUGGGCUGGUCAGAAGCCUUUCCAGCAAGGAAAAUGGAAGAAACCACCGUGGACAUUGAUACUCUUAUUGAUGAGAUGGACUACAUUCCUGGUCACUUUCAUCUAGAUAUGAAUUUAAAUUUUGAAACAUCUGCACCAAUCAGUUUCCAAGGGAGAGACUUGAAGCUGAAACGAGAAAGCCUACUUUACGAGUUGGAGUUUGAAACUGGCUCACAGCAAUAUGCCAUUCAAAACCUUCUCGGGGUAUUUUCCUUUUACCUGGAGGAAGUGGAGCAAGCCAAGGAGAUUUUUCUACAUAUCACUCAAGAACAGCCUGAGAACUUAAACGCUUGGGCCAACCUGGCCUACAUUUAUGACAGGCUGAGCCAGGAGCAAGAAGAGGUUGAAUGCACUGAGCAGCUCUCCAAAUUAAUGGGUUUGGAUUCAGAAGACAAGCUGCAGGGGAAUCACCAGGACAGGGCAGCUCGUUGCCUGGCUGAACAGGGCUAUGCCUAUGCCUUUGAUAUCAGGCUAACAAACGAAGAGGAGAAGAUGGAGAAACUGACUGUAGGUCUCACUCUCUACAGCAAGGCUCUGGCUUAUGGAAAGCAGAUCCCUUUAGAGGAAAAAAGAAGCUGGUACUUUGCCAUGGCCACUCUGCAUAUCAGACUAGAUGGGGUGUGGAUGAACAAAGGUGAGGAUGAGAAGAAGAGACUGACAGCUUUCAACAGAACUCUGGUUUUGCUUCAACAAGUACUGAAGUCAUCUAAUCUACACUACAGAGCCUUAGCCUGGUGCUAUCUUGGGAUGCUACUAGAAAGGAAAUAUUCUUUCUCAACUACUCCCCUGGGCAUUAAUGACUGUGGUUAUGCUGGAACCGAUCCCCUGGAUUGCUUUGGAAAGGCAAUAGAGGUUGCUAGAGAUAAUCCGCCUGUUCUCAACCGCCUGUCAAAAAUCUUCCAUUUCCUUGGCAAGCUAGAGAUGGCAAUGGCAGUUUGCAACAUGGCUCUGGAUGUAAUCCCUGAUCCAGGACUUAACUGGCAGGCGUAUUGUAUGCGUGCUAAGAUGCUGAUUAAACUGUACUUACGGGAUGUGGAACGUGUGAAGAUAGGCUUGGCUGAAAUGCCAGACCAGAGCAACCUUUUGGGGGCCAAAGUUGAUCUUGAAAAAGUCAUCAAAGUCCACCCCUGCCUGAAAACUUACCUUGAUCUUGGCCAGGUGUAUUACUACCUGGGAGUAGAUGCUAUGCAGGAGCUUUUCCUUGUGGAUGAAAACGCCCUCAACAAAGCCCUUAUACUCUUUGCUAAAGCCAUGGAAUUAGACCUGGGAAACGUCUUGCCUGAACUCCAGGUGCUGAAAGGGAAAUGCCUUUGGAUGAAAAACGAGAUGCUGGAAGCUAUGGCGUGCUUCAAGCAGGCCAUAGAGCUGGACGAUGUGGGUUCCACGCACAGAGAGAGCUUCCGGUGCUUAAUGGAGCUGCUGCUUACCCUGUAUGCUCAGAAGAAGAUCAACAUGGAGAUGCUAAUGAAGGAGGUAGAGCUGUGGGUGAAGAAGGCGGAAGAGAAAUAUCCGAACCAGCAAGUGCAGCAGGAACUUCGACUGGUCUGUCGGCAUCACACCAGUGAGGUGCUUGAACUUUCCAAAGCUAUGCUGGCUCGAGGGAAGACCGAACUGGUGAAGCUGCUUUUUGAGACCAUGAAAUGUGAUUUUAAUCGAGCCAGGCUAAGUGAACGUUCAUUCUCUUUUUGACCUGCUCCUAUCUCUUCAUUUAUCUACUACCCUAGUGGUUAAACUCUCCUCAUUAGGCAGAAAGAGACUAUGUGUUUGGGAGCCAUAAUGCUUUCUACAGACUCAAAUACCUAAUGUACCUUUGGAGAAACCAGAGUUAUGGUGAUCUUCAGAAAUGGCUGUUCUUUCUCUCUGUGUCUCUUUUUUUAAAAAAAAUAAUACAUUCAAAAAUAUGGGUGCAUUGAAUCUUGUGCAUAUAGAA